GUGUCCCAGCCAGUGCGGAGACAGCGCACCUGCCCGCCGCCCUCCGCGCCGCCUGCCCAGGAGAUGGGGGCGCCCCUGAGGGCGCUGCUCUGCCUCCUCCUCAGCCUGGGUGUACAGGAGACCUAUGGACAAUCAGGAACAUGUGGAAGUGCUAUCAUGGGACGGAUUGUGGGGGGCACAGAUGCACAGGAUGGGCAGUGGCCUUGGCAGGUCAGCCUGAAUUUUCAGAGUAAUCAUGUGUGUGGCGGCUCCCUCAUUUCCCCCCAGUGGGUGAUCACUGCAGCGCACUGCUUCCCACCGGAAAACCCCAUCACUGACUAUGAGGUGAUGCUGGGAGCCUUCCAGCUGUCCAGCCCCACAGCUGACAUCAAGGUGGUUGGGGUGGAGCAGGUCAUCAAGAACCCCGGCUACACGGAUGAGGGCUCCGGCGGGGACCUUGCGCUGGUGAAAUUGAAAGAGUCCGUCACCUAUACACGUACCAUUCGCCCCAUCUGCCUGCCAUCUGCUUCCGUCAGCUUCCCCAGCGGCAUGACCUGCACUGUAACUGGCUGGGGGAAUGUGCUUACCUCUGUCAGCCUGCCCAGUCCCAAGACCCUGCAGCAGCUGGAGGUGCCAGUGAUUGGGCUGGAGACCUGCCGCUGCCUCUACAAGAUCAACGCCAACCCAGCGGAUUCCCACGUGAUCCAGAACGACAUGAUGUGUGCAGGAUACGCCGAGGGCAAGAAGGACGCCUGCCAGGGAGACUCCGGGGGACCCCUCUCCUGCAAAGUGGGUAGUGUCUGGCUGCUGGCCGGAGUGGUGAGCUGGGGGGAUGCAUGUGGGACUGCCAACCGCCCUGGCGUCUAUACCCGUGCCUCAGCCUAUGCUGCCUGGAUCCAGGAGACCAUCCCAGACGUGGCGCUGAGCGACGUGAGCGUGGAUCUGGAGCCGGUCUCUGAGGAGGGGCUGUGCUCCAGGGCUGCUGCUCAUCUCCUGGCCCCCUGGCUGCUCUGCUGGGCCUUUCUGAGCCUGGUCCAGGCAGGGUAACCUCACCCGGGCCAACUCCAAGUGUAGAGACGCAAGGCAGGGAGAGGAUCUUGGGGGCACGGGAUCCGCCACUGAUCAUAGCCACUUGGCCACGGAUACUCCACUAGAACUGGAUUUUGCCCCCAACUUCCCCUCCCUACAAGCGUAUUUUAGGGGUCCUGCCUGGGCAGCCCUCUGACUGUGGUUGUCCCCAAAGGAUUCUGGCAGGAGACAGAUUGGCCCCAAAAGAGGGGCGCUCUGGGAAACGUUCCCUCCUCCUUACACCUGCGUCACGCAGAAACAGCUGGGUUUCAGUCCCAGCGUGAGUCAAGUCGACAGGACCUAAUGUGACACGUCUGGCAGGAAGCUCUCGGCCCCUCAGCGUCAGCCGAACCCCCAGGGCUGGGCCGGGCAGCACCUGCAGAGCUGGUUUUUCCACCCGAGGAGAGUCACUGAGUGAGGGCAGGUGCUAAAGGGAUUAGGGUUCAUCACACACGCCCAGAUGUGAGCUAGAGGCUGGUAGCACACGGGACUGUGUCUGCCUGUCUUUUAUCUGGGGCGUCAGGCCAAACCUCCUGCUUGUUCUAAGUUGGGGUGGGGCAUGGAAGGGCUGUUUAACUCCAGAGGGAGAGUUUAAUAAAGAGGGUGUUAGCCCUGUA